UGAAAACAUUGCAGUGUUUACACUGAUGGUUGCCACAGCCCUAGACCCGCAACACUGUCACACAUAUGGCUAGUUUACCCGGCUUGUGUUUACCACUAUGUCUCGCCACUAUGUCUGAAGACAGGUAGGGAGGUGGUCUUUCUUCCAUUCCAGCGAUAAUGACGUGUGUGAAGGGAGAAGACGUUACAGUCAAGGAUGUGAGCCUUUUCCUCACCAGACAUGUUCUUGGGACCCAUGGUGACUAUUCUGAGAAAACAAAUCAGGCUAUUAUGAUAAUAAGGAUGAAGGUGGAAGAUCUGAUCACCCGAGACUCCUAACCUGUUUACCUUGGCUGUCGAGUGCUGCUGCUGCCUUGUGCUGAAUGUCCUCCACUAGUUUAUUGACCCCACCAUGGAUAGCAAUGCAGGACACCGUAGACUUGAUCGAGAGAGAUUAUAUAUGGGACUGAGGGCGGCACUGCGGAUUAUAGUGUGUACAUUAAACAACUUCUACUGUAUCCCAGUCCACUUCUGUUGGAUAUUCGUUCUUCAGCCCCUCAAAUGGUUUGCCACAUCAACAUACUGGGUUGUGGAAGGCAUCAUGUUCCGCUGGCUACUCUCCAUGGUAGCUCUUUGGUCUUAUAGCACUGGCUACCAUGUUGUGGAGUUAGGUGAUGAUGUUUGGGAUCUUAUCUUUGAACGAACACUGGUGCUAUUUAAUCAUCAAUCUACGUCGGAUGUGCCACUCAUAAUGGCUGCCUUCAAUUCCCGAAAAGGAUUGUCCAACAACAUUAUGUGGAUUAUGGAUCAUGUUUUCAAGUUUACCAAUUUUGGGAUUGUGUCCUGGGUGCAUGGAGACUUCUUCAUCCAUGGUGGAAAAGAUCACAGAGACGCAUCGCUAAUUCAACUUGGAAACCAUCUUCAUGAAUUUUAUAUGCCACGUGAUCGCAAGUGGCUGGUCCUCUUCCCAGAAGGUGGAUUCCUUAAGAACCGGAAAGCUGGGAGCCAGAGGUACGCCAAGAAAAACAACCUGCCACUGCUAGAAAAUGUAGCCCUGCCUCGAGUUGGAGCAUUAAAAGUUAUUAUGGACAAUGCUGCAGCAGAUAGUCAUGAUGACGGUACUGACCGAAUCAAGUAUCUUCUUGAUGUGACGGUAGCAUACCCAGGUGGUCGGCCUCUUGACCUACAGACUAUAUUUGGAGGUUGGAGACCCGGCUGUGACACCAUAUUCCACUACCGGAGGUUUAACAUUGAAGAGAUUCCAAAAGAAGAGGAAGAAUUAAAAAAAUGGUUGUAUACCAGGUAUGAGGAGAAAGAAGCCAUCCUUCAGGAGUACUAUGAUACUGGUACCUUUCCUGAUGUUCACACUUCUCAUGCACCUGACUUUCAACCAGAAAAUGUUCGCAGACUAAGUGGAGCCAGGGUGGUCCAUGAUCCCUUGGAGUUCAUUCUGCGGCAUUGUUUCUUUAUUAGCUCAACUUAUAUUUGGAUUUCCAUUUUGUACUGGGUGUACCAGACAAUAUUUCAACUAUUAUGGUGAUCCACCUUGUGUACAGAAUACUUAAGCAUUUUGCUGAAAUUUGUCAGGAAAUGCAGGUUGCAUUAUUAGUCACAGUUCCAGAUAAGUGAGUGAUAAACCAGUCUGCUUGGUUCUGGUGCAAUGAACUUAAACGAGUUUAGUUACUUAGUGAAAGAAACAUUGGAGAUUAGCGUGUGCAUGACUCCCUUUUUUAGGGUAGAUGAAACUAGUACAUAUUCUUCAGAUGAAGCUAAGAAGAAAAAGGUAGAUGUUAGAUAACAGUUAGUAACGGAAGUGGUACAUCUGUGUGGGAAAGUUUUUUUUUUUUAAAUAGAGUAGUUUUGGAUGCUACACAACAACAAUGCUGAAAACUGUGCAUAAUCGAUAGCAUAAUCAGGACUCGAGAAACUGUCAGCAAUGCAGUUCUUGUGUUUUGCUGGUGAAUGCAUCUAAAACGAACAAAAGUUUAUGAAAAAAUGCAGCUUAUAAUUGCAGUCACUCAAUGAAUUAUAGAAAAUGAGCCUGUGUAUUUGGGAAUUUAGUGCAUUGAUUGAAUGGACAUUAGCUUGUCAGUUGUUCAUAUAGAUGAAGCACUCUUGUUAAUAUCAUGAUGGGAUACAUUCUUUAUUUCUGUAUGUAGACCAUGGUAGCUUUAAAUAUUUUUACACUUUCUGGAAUCAUCAUGUACAAUGCUUUCCCACUGCAGGUGUGACCUUAUUGUGACAAUACAGCUGUGACAGUGAUAAUGACAGCUAGAGUGAAUACAGUCAUGGCCUUUUUGUAAGUAGCUAACUCUUUAGCACUGGUUUAGGCUUAUUAUUUAUCAUAUCAUUAUCAACCAGGCUAAUGAAGAGCUUGUAGACACCAUUCCCAGCCUCCCCUCUUUACACUUCAAUAUGUGUUUGUAGUUUGCCUUAAUUCUUACAAGUUUAGGUAUUGCUUGAAUAGCAAUGACAGAAAACGGCAAGUUUACUAGUACCAUUCCUCAGUGGCGGGUGUGAGCGAGAACAAUUACCUGCUGGUGAGUGUGUCGUGAGGAAAAUGGCGCACAUUUUGCCUCAUAAUCAUUGCAAGUAGUUCAUCUUCAUUCUUGAUGUUUUUAUUUGAAAAACUAUUUUGGUAACUGUGAUUAUUAUCUUGAUGCCAUAUGUUUUCUAUUUCUUUCUGCUCAUUAUAUAUUAAUGUAAUUUUAUGUUGAACUAAUGUUUAGUUUCAUGUGUUAUGGAUUUUGUUUAUAUUGUGCCGACUUCCUCUUAGUGUAAAUAUGGAUCAUAACUCAUCUGUAAAAUUCAUGUAAUUGUAGUUUUGAAAUUUCUAUUUAUGAACUUUUGAUUUCUGACUAUUAAGGGUAAAUCACACACACACACACACACACAUAUAUCACUAU